AUGCUGAUUCUUAGUUUAUGUACAUUUUUGGCUGUAUUUGUGCCUGUAAACCUUCAACGAAACUUGGAAAAUCAGGAUGAAGAAGAGGAACGACCAAUUAACUACUUUUUCCAAAGAACGAGAAGUUUGAACGGUGGUUAUGCUACCGAUGGCGACCCCAAGAUCAACGAUGAAGUGUAUCGGAUAUUCAUGCUCACCAUUCUUGACGGAUUCAACAUUUUCAAAAUCAAAAUGUACAAUGAUCGUUCCCACAUCUAUCUGACUCGUCGAGACUAUUGGCUUGGUGACCGUUAUUAUUAUUUGGACAACUAUUAUUACCUCCCCACACGGGAUACGUGCGCGUAUCGUAUGAAUGAGACUGAACGACAACAUCUUUUCUACGAGGAGGACAACAUGCCGAUAUUUGAUAUCAUUUAUCAAUGUCAACGAUAUCAAGAAUACUGCUGUGGUCUCAAUUGCUGCAAAAUCGACCAAAUUGGCCGGCAUGAUGAACCACGCAAACCUCCAAAAUACCCCUGGCAGGAUCCAUGGCAUCAUAAUUCCGCAUCAUCUUCACACAUUUUAUCUGCCAUAAUUAUUAUCUCAUUUUCAUUAUUUUUGUAA